GUAAAAAUUCGUAAUCGUCAUUCAGAUGUUGUACAGACGAUGGCUCAAGGGGUUUUAGAGCUAAAAGAUUCACAUGAAAUCGAUUUGCAUACCGAAAACAGCAUUCAAUAUUUUCUUGAUCGUUUUUAUAUGUCUCGAAUUGGCAUUCGUAUGCUUAUUAACCAGCAUACAUUAUUAUUUGGUGACCAUAUAAACAACAAUAACCAUCACCAACAUAUUGGAUGUAUUGAUCCAUAUUGUGAUGUGAUAAGUGUUGUGAAAGAUGCAUACGAGAAUGCCAGAUUUUUAUGUGACCAAUAUUAUUUGACCUCACCCGAAUUAGAAAUCUGUAAAAGUAUUGAUGCUGAUGAUGAGCCAAUAAAAAUUGUUUAUGUGCCAUCACAUUUGUAUCAUAUUUUAUUUGAAUUGUUCAAAAAUUCAAUGAGAGCUACUGUUGAGCAUCAUAAGACUGAUAUUUUGCCACCAUUGCAAGUAACAAUCGUAAAAGGAAAAGAAGAUGUCUGYGUUAAAGUGUCUGACCAAGGAGGUGGCAUUCCAAGGAGUUUGAGUGAACGUAUGUUUCACUACAUGUAUUCAACUGCUCCUCAACCUUCAAAAUCAGAUGCACAUACAGUGCCAUUAGCUGGGUAUGGUUAUGGACUUCCUAUUUCUAGGCUUUACGCUAGAUAUUUGCAUGGAGAUUUAGUUUUGUUACCUUGUGAUGGGUUUGGUACCGAGGCCAUUAUUUACUUGAAAGCUUUGUCAAAUGAAGCUAAUGAGUUGUUGCCAAUAUACAAUAAGAUGUCAACCAGGUUUUAUAAAAUAACUGAUCACACUAUUGACUGGAGAAGUACUUGCAAUCACACACCGAUCAGUCAGCAGCAAUUUACACAAACACAAUAAGUACAAACUGAUCAUUUGAGAAGCUAUUUAGUCACCAUUUAUAUACAAAAAUAAUACAAUAAUGGAUUUUUUUUUAUUUUAAUUUAUUUUAGAUAUUAAUUUUUUUAGAUUUUAGAAAUUGUAUCAUAAUUGGUAAAAAAAAAAGGAAUUUCUUAGAUAUUACUCUUUUACUCUCAUGAUAUUUUUGUAAUAGCUCAUUUAGCAAAUAUAUUAUUGAGAGACUUAAUCAAGGUAAAUUUUCGUGGAUAUGGAAAUUUGAAUUUAUUAUAUAAAUGGAACUUUUAACUAUAUUAUCUUUAUUAAUUAUCCAAUAAAUGGAUUCAUUCUAAUUGCCUGUUUAACAUUUUAAGGUGGCAAUCACAUUAAUUUUGUGAUUGAAUAAAAUACUGUUAGUUCUAGACUACUAGACUCAUGGUAAUUAGAAUAUAGUUACAAAAAAAUAAACUGAGAGUUAUUUGACUUGCGUAGAUUUAAUAAUAUACUAAAUAUGUGUUCUAGUUUAAAUACAAUACAUAUUUAUUUAAAUUUUUUAUUUAAAAACAAUCGAAUUAAACUGUUCUUUUAUACUUUUACACUAACCUUAUUGUAAUUUAAAAAAG